CUGAGUACGUUGUUGCAGGGAAUUGCCGGUACGGACGUCGCCAAGGAAGCAUCUGACAUUAUUCUAACCGACGACAACUUCACCAGUAUAGUAAAAGCGGUGAUGUGGGGCCGAAACGUUUACGAUUCGAUCGCCAAGUUCCUGCAGUUUCAGUUGACGGUGAAUGUCGUCGCUGUAGUUGUCGCAUUUAUCGGCGCCUGUGCUAUAGAAGAUAGUCCUUUGAAGGCCGUUCAAAUGCUGUGGGUAAACCUAAUUAUGGACACAUUUGCGGCACUGGCGCUGGCGACUGAGAUGCCAACCGAGGACUUACUUACGAGGCGCCCGUAUGGCCGCAAAAAGCCUCUUAUUUCGCGGACGAUGAUGAAGAAUAUCAUCGGCCACAGUCUCUAUCAGUUGGUGAUCAUUUUCUUGCUUGUGUUCAUCGGGGAAAAAAUAUUCGAUAUCGACAACGGCCGUUACGCUACUCUGCACACAGCGCCCACUGAACACUUCACUAUCGUUUUCAAUGCGUUUGUCAUGAUGACGUUAUUCAAUGAAAUCAACGCCCGCAAAAUCCACAAUGAACGCAACGUGUUUGCUGGUUUGCAUCUGAACCCGAUAUAUUACUGCAUCCUCAUAACUACUUUCAUUGGACAAGCACUGAUUGUUCAAUUUGGCGGCUUCUUCUUUUCUACAGCAGCCUUGUCGGCAGAACAGUGGCUGUGGUGUAUUUUUCUAGGAGUUGGAGAACUGAUAUGGGGGCAGGUAAUCACUUCGAUACCUUCGAAGAAAUUGCCAAAGAAGCUGACAGCAUUUUCGGAAGGUACCGAAAUUCCAGCAAUUUUCGAACGGCCAAAAGACGAGGAUGAAACGGAAACUAUGGAAAAGAGAUCUGGCCAGAUUUUAUGGCUUCGUGGUUUGACAAGACUUCAGACG